CGAGAAGUCGUCACGCACAAAUCAAGUAGCUGCGUGGUCUCUCGCGUGGGAAGCGAUUCACCUUCUGGGCCAGAAAUUCUGGCACUGGCCGAAGUGACAGUUAUAUAUUUGUAGUUAAAAUAUACAGUACCGCUCGCGUAUUUGUUAACAUACGGUACGCGUAUGAUACGAAAAACAUACGCUAUUUUUAUGGCUAUUUUUAUGUGUUUAUUUUUUUGAUCUGUGGAGCACUUGAGAUAACUUGACGCGUCUUCCUUAAUGGGAAAUAUAGUACAGUUCACAUGUAAAACUAACAAUUUCAUCAAGUGAUCCAACGAGGCACUAAUCACUCGUGUGUCUCAGUAUAAAAAUGGAUUUGUAAACUAAUAUAAGGACAGCAACUGUAUGGAAUUGCUCGGAUCCAUUUUGGGGUGAAGAAUACUCAUUUAGCUUAUCAUCAAACUUUGUUCAAACUCUCUCAUUUUAUGUUUAUGAUGAAGAUGUUUACUUUGGCGAUAAUAUAAUUGGAAAAGUUGCACUUUCUCGGCAAGAUAUGUUAUCUUUGAGCCCAAACAGUGGGGAGGUAUGGUACACAUUGAAUCAAGUUGAUAAUGUGUCUGAAGUCCAUGGAGAACUACACCUAAAGAUCUUAGCAACUCGAAUUAGUGAAAAACAAACCAGCAUUAGUGUUCAAGUUGUGGAAGCCAGAAAUCUCGGAAUGAAACGAAAGCAUGUUUCUGACCCAUUUGUGAAAAUCCGUUUGAAAUCUAAGCAUGAAGGUGGAAAUGAAACAAGACCAAGGUCAGAAACCAUGGAUACUAAAGAACAAAGAAUACAGACAAGUGUGAGAAGAACAAGUUGUCCAUUCUGGAAUUCCUCUAUUGUAUUAAUUUGUACAACUCCUUUAAGUGAACAAUAUAUUUGUGCCGAGGUUUAUGACAAAGAAAGAGUAAUACAGAAUUUUCUUAUUGGUGAGGUGAUGUUGGAUUUGGGCACCAUUGUUAUUGAUGAAAUGGUUGACCAGUGGUACAGACUUACUCCAAGCAACAUGAUCAAAUCAAAGAAUGAUCUAAAGAAGAAAGAUCUUGGCAAGAUACGACUGAAAAUUGGAUUGCUUGAAGAAACUAUUCUUCCAUUGAAAUGUUAUAUUCCUUUGGUUAAUCUCUUAAUGGAUACAGUGAAGACAUCGUAUGAAAAUGUCAAUGUUUUGAGCCUGCUUGAGCAAGUGAUGACGGCUGAUCGUACAUCGAUUGGGCGAUCACUUGUAAAGCUGUAUCUUAGUCAAGGAAUGAUAGUUGAUCUCCUUGAUUUAUUGACAAAGACAGAGGUUAUGAACACAGAGACAUUAAACACUUUGUUUCGUGGAAAUUCUUUGGCAACAAAAGCUCUUGAUGAAUUCAUGAAGGUUAUUGGAUUACCAUAUUUACUGGAAACUUUAAAACCAAUAAUUGAUAAGAUUUAUAAAGAAAAACGAUAUUGUGAAAUAGACCCAAACAAAAUUGAUCGAACCAUGAUGAGGAGACGAAGUAUAUUUCAAAUAGAUGAUGCUGCUGUUCGUCAGAGGAGUGUUACAUAUUUAAAGUUGAAUCUUAUGGCAAUUUUAAAUGCCAUACUUCAUUCUAAAGACAAUUGUCCUUACAUCAUGAAACAAGUAUUUAGAAAUCUCUACCAUAAUGCCGCACAGAGGUUCACAGAAAAUGAAGAGAAUGGAAAGUAUGUGGCGAUCAGCUCAUUCUUAUUUUUGCGUUUCUUCGUCCCAGCUAUUCUCAAUCCUAAAUUAUUUGGCGUUGCAGAAAAUCAUCCUGAUAAAGUUGUUUCACGAACACUUACUUUAUUAGCAAAAGUUCUUCAAAGUAUUGGUAAUUUCAAUCCCUGUGUUGUAAAAGAACCAUGGAUGAUGCCAUUCUCAGAUUUCAUAGAAGAAAAUGCAGCAAAAUUGAAAACAUUUAUUGACAAUUUGGUUGGAAUACCUGACAACAGAAGAGAAAGUUUGAGGUCGGAGACUCCUUUAUUGAUUAAAGAAGGACAACUAAAAAAAUGCAAACUUGGUGGAAAAUUAAACACUUUUCAGUGGAAGAAAUAUACUUUCUCUAUAUUCGGCGAUAGUAUUCACUACAGCAAAAAAUAUGAUUCUCAGACACGGAAAUUUCUCAUGGCAUCACGCUUAAUCGCAGUAGAACAAGUUGAAGAUAUUGUUUUUGACAAGUCAAAUGUCUUUCAAGUUAUUAUGAAGAAUUCUGCAGAAGAUGGGGGGAGAGAUAUUCAUUAUUUGCUUGCAAAGGAUGUUAAAGAAAUGAAUCAGUGGAUUUCUGCAAUUAGACGAAUUAUUCCUUCUGAAAAUAAACCCAUGGAUGAAUAUAAAAAAUACCAUCGAGGAAUUUUUAAUGGACAGUAUUGGAAUUGCUGUAAAUCACCAUUACAGAAAGACUCAGGUUGCUCUCUAAUACAUAGUAUGGCCAGUCUUAAUGACUAUCAGGAUCCGGUAUUUCCUGAGCAACAAGCCCAGAUUAUUUAUAAGCAAUUUUUACUUGGUCGUGAAAAACUUAAGGAUAUCUUGAUUGAACAUGUACGUUUGCAAAACCAACUACCUGAUCUCACUAAGGAUGAAAUAUUAAGCAGAAUCUACGAUGGUGGAUGGAGAGUAAGCAGUGAUAGUGGAUGUGAUAUGGAAAAUGAUGAGGAAGGAUUGUUAACCUGUGAUUUUUCCAUGGACAAUGUUGCUAGAACUAUAGUGAAUGUUUUAUCAAUAGUGGAUGUGUUAGAAUUGAAACAUCGUGAACACAUGUCAGAGGACUAUGAAAAAGAUUCUAUUGAGUCUGAGGAUGAGGUUUUCUCGUCGUGUCUUGCACCAACAUUUAAGGAGAAAAGAAACAGUCUACCUGAUACUACAAAAUAUCAAUGAUAUCAACAGGAAUGAAAUUAAUGAAUUUCUUGUCAAUCCCAGUUACCCAAUCAACAAUGCUAUAUCAUGCCAAAUGGUAAAAUAUCCUGUUGAACCUGCCUAUCUUACCACUCCUCAAAUGAUCCCUGUUACCCAUUAAGGUACAAGUUUAAUCUUGUGUAUAACUUGACAUCCAUAUUACCAACCAAACAACAACUAUGUAACAAUGUGACAUUAAUACUUCAACACACUGUGUACAUGUGAACUGUGAUAUAAAUUUGAAUCAAGGUAAAUAUUACUUAAUGUGAAAUGUUAAAGAUUUCUGAUUUCAAAAAUGGCAACCAAUGUUGCACAAAUUAAUGACAUAUUCAUGACUAAAA